AUGUACACAAAGAAAAUAUUAUCUUCCUUUACAAACACACUCAUCAAAAGAUCAUCAUCAUCAUCAUCAUUGAUCAAUUCGAGUAGUAGUAUUAGUCAUCUUUCAUUAAGCACUUCAACCUCUGUAUCAAAGAUAGUAUCACAACAACAUCAACAAGGUCAAUCAUUAUAUCAAUCAAACUCUAUCUUUCAAAGAGUACCAUCAUCAUUCGUAGUCGGUCACAGAUAUCUAUCAACUCAAAAUAAUGAAUAUGUUGCCUACAACAGUGACGUUUUGAAUGUCCCCAAGCUUGAAGCAGAGCCUAUUGUUGUUGAUAACAAACAAGAAGGAACCAUAUGGAUUGAUUCAAUUGAUAAUAUUCAAUUUGAUAUGAGAAUAUUCAUCUUGGGGUCACCAUUAAAGACACUUAUUGAAAAUAUUCAACAUGUUGCUCCAAAAGGUAUCAAACUGGUAGCAAUCGAUGACAGAAGAGCUGAGAAUGGUUGUUAUGUCAACUUUGAGUUUGACUCAAACUCUACCUCGAUACAAGAGAUCAUGGACAAGAUCAAAAGUAAUGCAGUAAAGUACAACUUGGUUUUAAAUUGUUUGGAGGCUCGUGGCCAAAUAGACAAUGACGAUACUACAACUGGUCGUUCUCUUGUCGUUACUUUUGAUGGCAAGGAAAUACCAUUGAGCGAAUUACAUUCACUCCUUUCAACGUAUGGCACAAUCAAUCAAAUGAAAACUAAAAGUGGUCUCUACUUGGGAGGUAGCAAAAAAGGUGUAGUGGUAACAUUUGACAACAAAUUAUCAUCCUUGAGAGCUAAAAAAUGUCUCUAUGAUUUAACAUUACCACAAAGUAAAACUACUUUAAAGUUUAAAUCAACUAUAAGUGCAACAACUGUUUUAAUGGCUGCAUUAUUUGUAUCAGCUAUUGUAUACCACAUUUCAAAGAUUGAACGGGUUCAAGAGUUAUUGCAAAAGGGACUUGAAUCAAUUGGUGGUAGCGAGGCUAUGGUAUUUGGAUAUUUGGGAGAAAAUGGUAAAACAGUAAUCGAAGCAGUCUAUCCGUCCGGACAAAAAUUGAUUGUAGCAGUUGAAGGUGGUGAUCUAAAGAAUACUCAAUUACAAUUCCAACUGACCAAUACCCAAUCAUCAACCGAUAGACCUCAAAUCAAAACAACCAAUUAUCCAAAAUCAAAAGGUUGGUUUAGUUGGAAUGCUUAA